AAGUCUAGCAUCAAAACAAAGCAGAACGGCAUAUAGUGAAGUCGUGUUUUCGCGAGUCACUACCAUUGAUUGUAAACAACGCAAGCUGGAGUCAGAUACCGUAGAAAGUGUAUUUGUGUGAUGCGCGAUUGAACUGCCUAACGACAAACAAGGUUGUGUGGACGGAUUUCAAGCAUUUUAAGUGUUGUUAUUCGCGUAAUUCUUCAAUUCUAUCAGCAAAGUAGAUUGCUGGAGCAGAAUACAUUUUUCUUCUAAUUAUUGUUUUCCAACAUACAGUGUGUUGUGAUCAGUUAGUGAUCAAAAAUAUCACUGCAAGUGAAUUUGCAUUCGCAAAUCAUCGUUUGAACUGCGAGGACGCUGGUCGUAUCGAUAGUUCGAGCGAGUUCAUCUGUAGCUGAGUUGGAAAAGUAGUGAGAGCUCACAUCAGGUGCAAAUAUUUGCCACAAGGUUCGAUGACAAAACUGUAUACGUUAAAUGUAUAGUUUUCCUUAAACUGCGUUGAGGUAUUGCAACAAAAUAUAUAAAUCGUAUCGAAGUACAUGAAAAAGAAACUGGAUCGACGUAAACAGUUGUGCGUGAAAGUGUGCGUUUAUUUCUAAAUUGCGCGUUGAAAAGACUGAAAAGCAGUUACACCUGUAUAUGUGUAUUGUUUAUGCACUGUUUCUCUUCUGUUGAAAUUCGUUACCCAGAGAGAAAACUGGUUAGUAGACACGUACACUUUUGGAUUCUUUGUUUACAAAUAUACCAUAGCGGAAGAAUUGAUUUUUCGUUACUUCGGUACCCUCCAGCGUGCAGAGGAUAUUUUCCUGACAGCGGGGUUUUUACAUUCCAAACAAAGAACGGGAGAAUGUUCAAGUCAAUCAACUUAUCAAGGGAUACAGUCAAAAUGACAUCGACGCCAAGAACUAGUGAGGAUUUACUGGGAGAAUCAUGGAUUGAGUUAUCGUCAAACACAAACACAUGUCCCAAAAGUCCCGACCGGACAACUCCAUUGCCCUUCACCUCAGUGGAAGAGUACCUAAGACUGUUGCGAGAAGCUCAACGGGAAUCGAAGGAAUCGAGUCGAGUUGCUUCGUUGACCAGCUCGCGACGGGACUCUCCUCGUGGCAGUCCAAAAUCACCGCCCAAUAGUCCCAACACAGAACUGGCCACCACGGAAGAGGAGCUCAAAGGAGUCUAUAUCAACUAUCUCAAUAGGGAGGGCAAAACUACAGCUCAGAAAGAUAACGAUUGGAUUUGGGAAUGGAGCAGUCGGCCGGAUCAACUGCAAUCCACCAACUGGAAAUUCGAACAUUCUAAACAAGGAAAUCGCAGAGGACAGCAAGGAUAUUCUAUGAGGUUGGCUCGAGUAGGCAAAAACUCACUUUUUUCUCGUGAAGUUCUCUAUUCGCUUGUUCUUACCAAUGUAUUAUCCUUGAUUCUAGGGGCCGGAAUUGGCGCCUGGUUACACAAACGAGGACUUCUGUUCACUAGGAUUUCAAUCGAAUAAUCUGAUAGCAUUGCUGGAUAAUCUCAGAUUGCAUUGUUCUGAGUUACAGAAAUACCAACGUACGAAAACAGUUCACAAUCCAAAGUUACCCUUCCUCAUUAGGUGGUGUAACAAGUAAUUGAGUAAUGGUUCCAGAACCUUAUGUCACAGACUACAGAUUUUCCUAAACAGAGCAACAUAAUUAUGUAUGCAAAACUUUACGGCAUCUGGAUUUAUCUUAAUAAACCUGUUGGCAUUUUUGACUGCUAGAAAACUUAAACGGGAACUCAGGAAAAAGAUCGAUCAGUAAAUUAAAGUAAAAAAGUGCAGUUGUAAUGAUUUGUAGAAAACGAAAUCAAAUACUUAGAUCGGUUGAUUUGUAUAAAUUUUCAGUUAGAAUUCGUUUAGAACUUUGCAUAGAUAUCCAUACAAAUUCCAAUUGACUGCAUAUUGUUGCUGUUGUAAAAGCCUUAUUUUGUGAUUGAUUAUGUUAUUUUAUUAUCGUUGUAUUGCAUGUUGAACGUGUGGGUAUUAUGUCAUAGCUAGACCACAGAGAGCUGCCACUCAAAUCUUGACAAGAGCUGUCUAAAGGCUUAUUAGUUAUCUAUGGGCUCUCAUUCAGGGUAGUCGCGUGUUGAUGCUGCCUUUUCUAAUGUACAGCCAAAGUGUUACAUAUGAAAGUCUUGACUUGAACAUAUGUUUUCUGUGGCUAGGUAAACCGAUGAUCCGAAGAGUCAGCUUAAAGUGAUAAUAUUAAAUCCAGAAUUAAUUUGCUAUAAAUUGAUAUAUAGCAUUUUCCAUGGGAUUGCUGCUCAUUUCGCUUCAUUUAUUUCUGUGACAACGUUCUGCAAACUCUUCGGUAGUACAAGUUACUGUAAACGAAUCACUGCAUAGCUUUUGCUAAAACAUAACACAAAGUGUAUCUUCGGAUUAUCGGGGCUAUGAAUGGAAUUUUUUCUGACAAUUACACACACGUCAUUUUGAUGAAUCAUGCGGUUUUUAACAGUUAAACUAGAAGUGAACUUGCAUUUUUGCAAAUAGGUGUGUAAAUGCAACAUAGGCCAAUUCAUAAAUGCUGAUUUCAGUUUCCACGAUUGGAAUGCCAAUAAAAAAAAACAAUUGAUGAAGAUUCUAAGAAAAGAUUCAACAUUCGUUUUCAAACAGAGAGUUUUAUAUUAUUGUAACGAUCUAACUCAAUGCUAGUAAAUAAUUUAUGUAUUUAUCAUUUUAUUUUAUAAUCAGCUAUUCCAUUGUUAUAUGAAAUAUUUUAUAAUAUGAUACACAGAAUAUAGAUCAUAUCAAUAGUUUUAUAUGCGAAGUUCUUAUAAAACACCUUUUAUAUCUAAAAUUAUUUCAUCACAAAGGUAAAACGCAACUAAUCCAACAUUCAAAAUAACUCUCUGAUGUUCGGUGCGCUAUCUAUUAGAAUUGUGUUUAACCACUUCAAGCUUUCCAUGUUUUAAGCGCUUACAAUCAAUCUAUCAUAUACUGUACGAAAGUUGAGAUGUUUGGAAAUGGAAUGAAUACUUCUGCACUUUAGAAAGUAAAUCUUUUCUUAGCUGAACAACUUUGUCAUAGUAGGAUAAGAAUAUAAUCUGAAUUCAAUGUCUUAUUGGCUUUUCUGUAAUCGGUAACGAACAGUAUAUAUAACAUAUAUAAUUUAUAAUUUUUAACCAAAACAAUAAA